CUGUCCAUAUGUCUUAAAAUUAUUUCAUUCAUUUAAUAAAACAAAUGUUCAUAAACUACCAUUAAUGAAUGUCUCUUACGAAAGGUAGAGCACUUGUGUUAGAGCUUUAACAAUGCAUGCAGCAUUUCAGUACUUUAUCAGAGGCCUGUAAAAUGUACUCAGCUUUGUUACCUGUUUGAGGACCAGCGUGAUGAGCUGCACAAACCUGUGAGUAUCUCUCCUGACCACAGCAUGUUCUCUUCAUGAGCUCUGUCUUUUGUAGAUGCCUGUCAAUGUUAUAUAACAGGAAAGUCUUCAUUAAAAUUAAUCAUUUGACAGAGAUCUUAAUAUGUGGGUGAAACAUUUCCUUUCACUUUUUGGAAAGACAGCAUGUUACACGUUAAUAAUAAUAAUCUUCAAAGUGGUGGUACAUGUUAAAUAAAAAUGUUUUUAGCAAAAUAAUUUAGUUUUCCCCUUGCUAAGUCCGGCCCCCUUGUUUCCUGUUUUGUGUCUGUAAAGCUCUUUGGUUUUACACACAAUCUAUCAUAAGAGAUGUCCUGAUCCGUGUCAAGUUGGCUGUACCUCUGAUUCACCAAUCUUGUAACCAUAAAACCUUUAAAAAACAUGGCAAACUGUUCAAUGUACACAUGGUUUUAAUUGCUUCUGCAGACAGCCUCUGGUGGACACUUGGAGAACUUCAGAUUUUAGUACUCCCAUAUUAGCUUUAAUUUCUCAAACCCAGUUUUCCUGCUGUUUAAAGGCAGUAAUUUUGAGGUAGUAAUUUACGCCUCCGUUAUCUGGUUUACAAUUGGCUUACACUUUAAAAUUUAAACACAGACAAACACAGAUGAGCUUUUACACAGUCAAAAAAUAUCUUAUCAGUGAAUACACAAGUCAUGAAAAGAAGUUAAAAACGUUUUUCUAAUCUGCUUUGUAGUUAACCGAGGUUAAUGUGGUGUACUGUUCAUCUACCGUCACUUUUAAGCUAAUUAGCUAGAAAUGCUAAAGACAGCCACUGACUCUAAAGCGGACUAAUUCUGUAUUUCUCAUCUUAAACGAUUUGUUUGUAGAUUACAGGUUCCUUAAAGUUAACCAAAAGGUCACUAACCUCCAAAAUAGUAAAAAAUACUCCGAAGAAACUCCAAAAAACGCUGCUUGACUGUCAGAAAGUGUGUACGUGACGAUCUUCCUGAAGCGCCUAGUGACCGUUGCUAAGUUUCUGAUUGGCUAACUGCUGUAGAGGGGCGGGGCUUAGCAAGCGGUAAAUUAGGUUGUGUUUACCACACAGUAGCCUACGACUUCGUCCCUUUGUGUCGCCCACUUUCAUUCUUGUUUAUCAGCUGUUUGAUCGUUUUUAAACACAAUUUCACUUUUUUUUAAUUGAGAAUGUUUUAAAAAAUAAUCGUUUAAUAGAUAGACUAGCAUGUAGAUAUUUCAUUUACAUUCUUCUCCUAAUCUCCCAAUAUCACAUUGACCGUAAAAAUACAACUUUUUUAUAGAAAAUUUGAGGAAGAAAAAGAAAAACAAACAUUUUUGUUUACCUUUAAACUACAUUUGAAGAUAAAGUUGCCUUGCUUCAGAACCACAUCGUCAGUGUUGUCGUAUUUAAGUCGUAUUUAUGUCAUUAUUGUGCAGAUGAUGAUGACGAUGAUGAUGACGAUGACGAUGAUGAUGAUGAUGAUGAUGACGACGACGACGACGACGACGAUGAUGAUGAUGAUGAUGAUGAUGACGAUUAUCAUGAGGGCUCUCUCUGCUCUCUCUGUGAAUUCUGUGAGGUAUGUUGAUCAUUUAUAAAGCAAUAACAGGAUCAUUUUUAAUGUGAUAAAAUGCAGAAGAUGAAAUAAAAGACUUCAUGAUGAACUCAAUCACAAAUAUUAAUGACUGUUUUAUUUUUGUAGCACUGCGACAGCUGUGACAAGUGUCCAUGCAAAGAAGGAGAUGAGUCUGAACACUGUGAUUCCUGCAAGGUGAGAAAAUAAGCACAGAUGCUGCACAACAUCUGAGCCAUCAGAGCACCAAAGUAUCACAAAAUACAAUGCAUCACUUUUUAUUUGGUUUUGGUUUUAUUGGAAGUAGAUCCUUGUCUGAAAAGUUUGUUAAAGUGUACUCAGUGGGCAUGCGUGGCUAUCACCUGGUGUCAUGUCUAAAAAAACACCAUAUUUGCCCUUUUGGGGAAACCUGUUGAAAAUAAGUGAAUGCUCUCAAAAUAAAAGUACAGAAAAGUGCCCUCUGGAUGGUCCAACUAGGUAAAACUUAAAAGAAAAGUCCUAUUGGGCACCCUUUAAUUAAUAAAAUGUGAUAAAGUGCUCUUUUGGUCAUUUUGAUUGACUGUUAUUUGAAGUUUGUGAGUUGUGGUUAAUAGUUUGUUUAUCCAAUAUAUUUUGUGUUUUUUAUUUCCACUAAAUGAUCCCUUUUUUCCUGAUAGAAAAUUGUUCUUUUGAUUCUCUAACUUUGUUGUUUAAUUUUCUGUCUGGUUCACAGAUGUGCAGUUUCUGUCACGUGUGUCCUGUUUGCCAAACUGUGUGCCAGCCUGGUGAGUCAACGUACAUUAACACAUGUUUAAAGGGUUGUCAAGAUGGUUUUCUUGUGGCUCAUUUGAUCUCUUUUCUUGCUAUGUAAGAUAAACUCAUAGAAACUUAAACCCUGGGGUUAUAUUCAAAGUUAUAAAGAGAACAAGAUCUCCUCAAGAGUCAGCAGAUAAACCAAAAGUGAGAUCAUCCACAGCGGAUAUGACAGCAUCUUGGUUAUAUGUCUGGCUGUUCAUCAUAUUUAGAGUAGACAGUCUGAAAUAUGCAACUUGAUGUGUUGCUGACAUUUUAGUCAGCUGAUUGAGUUAAAUAUGAUCAGUUUGAUGGGAUUGAGAUGCUUGAACUCCCUCUGAGGGAUUUAAAAAGUGCAUCCAGUUCUUUCUCACUUUGUCUCUUUUUGCAGGAGGUUUUCUGGACGAAGUCACCGGAUCAAUCUAUAAGUAAGUCACACUCAAACUGACCGGAGACCUGCUCAAACAGUACUGAAUAUUAAGACUCUGAACUGUGUUUGUGUCUCUUCCACAGGACUGUAGCCGACGUCUUCGACGACGAUGAUGAUGAUGAUGACAACUAAACACAAUGAUAUGUCGCCACCAUGUGGCCCAGAUGAUAUGUUUCAUUGUUAUUUAUGUCUUUUUUUCCUUGAGAUCAUGAAAUAUUUGCUCACAGUGACUGAAAACAAUUAAAACGUAAUUUAUUUGUGUACUGUUGUCAACUAAAAAGUCAAAGAUGCACUUUUAAGGAAAAUCUCUGAACCUAUAUUUGGGAUAUGUUCAAUAAAGAGGAGGGUAAAUUUUU